CAUUUAUGCCCGGAUGAUAAUUAUUUGGGUUGGUGUCUUUUCCCAGAAUAAAUGCUGAACUGCGAUUUCUCCAUCUACAAACCCAAAAGCUUCUGAAAUUGGACAAAAAUCCCUGCAAAGUUUUUCCCUUGAGACGGGAAAGUGAAAACGACGGCGUCUCGAAGUGGUGGACAAUGCUUCUUCCGCUGCUUCUGCUCUUCUCUCUUGCAGCCGCUGCAGAUCAAUCCACCGACCGCGCUGCCUUGCUGGCUUUCCGCUCCGCCGUGGGCGGGCGGCGCACUGUCGUAUGGAACACUACUGACGCCGCCCUUCACUGCAACUGGGCCGGAGUUCAAUGCGAAAAUGGCCGAGUCACCGUUCUCCGCCUCCCCGGCUUUUCUCUCUCCGGCUCCAUCCCGCCUCACACGCUCUCCAACCUCACACGCCUCCGCACACUCAGCCUCCGUCUCAACUACCUUUCCGGUCCGCUACCGGCGGACCUCUCCCAAUGUGUCGGCCUCCAGAACCUUUAUCUCCAAGGAAACCAUAUCUCAGGUUCCUUGCCCGAUUCCUUUUUCGACCUUCACUCCCUGGUCCGCGUCAAUCUCGCUAACAACAACUUUUCCGGUAGCAUUCCUUCCCGGUUCGACAAUUUGACGCGUUUGCGGACCCUUUUUCUGGAAAACAACCACUUCUCAGGCUCCUUACCGGAGCUAAAUAACCUUAAACUCCGAGAGUUCAAUGUUUCGUUUAACUACUUAAACGGGUCUAUCCCAAAGAGUCUAGAAUCAUUCCCCCCGGAGGGUUUUGCCGGAAAUUCACUCUGUGGGAACCCUCUCGCUCUUUGUCCGGGUGGAAAAACCCCGCCGGCCAUAGCAACAGGCUGGAUAACACUUGGCAAUUCUAAGAAACUAUCCGGUGGAGCAAUUGCAGGGAUUGUGAUCGGAUCUUCAGUUGGAUCUCUACUUGUUUUCAUAAUCCUCUUCGUCUUGUGCAUAAAGAAAGCACGAUCAGUAGAUGGUUCUGCCAUAAAGCAUCCUGAAACUGGAGAGAAAGAAAGGGAAAAUGCGUACUCAGUGGCUCCUGCAGCAAUGGAAGGGCAUGGCAAAGGAGGAGAGAGUAGUAUGGGUGGAGGUGGGACCAGGGAUAAGAAGCUAGUUUUCUUAGGGGGUGCUUCGAGUGUGUUUGAUUUGGAGGAUCUUCUGAGAGCUUCUGCUGAGGUUUUGGGAAAGGGAACUUUUGGGACCACGUAUAAGGCUGUUCUUGAGAUGGGGACUAUUGUGGCGGUGAAGAGGUUGAAGGAUGUGAUGAUACCUGAGGCAGAAUUCAGGGAGAAAAUAAGGGUGGUUGGCGACAUGAACCACCAGCAUUUGGUGCCUCUGAAGGCUUAUUACUAUAGCAGAGAAGAAAAGCUACUUGUUUAUGAUUAUAUGCCCAUGGGAAGCUUGUCUGCAUUGCUUCAUGGCAAGGGUGCAGGCAGGACACCACUGAAUUGGGAAAUGAGAUCGGGCAUUGCCCUUGGUGUUGCCCGAGGCAUAGAAUACUUGCACACCCAAGGCCCCAAAGUCUCUCACGGGAACAUAAAGUCAUCAAACGUCCUCCUAAACAAAUCAUAUGAACCAAAAAUAUCAGAUUUUGGCAUAUCCGAUGUUGUUGGGCCGUCAUCAUCCUUUCCGGUACGAGUUGCCAGUUAUCAGGCACCCGAAGUGACUGACCCAAGAAGGGCCUCUCAAAAAGCUGAUGUAUAUAGCUUUGGGAUAUUACUUCUUGAGCUUCUAACAGGCAAAGCUCCAAAAAACACUCUCUUGAAUGAAGAAGAGGAAGGGGUUGACCUACCAAGAUGGGUUCGGUCAGUGGGUAAGGAGGAGUGGACUUCUGAAGUUUUUGAUGUUGAACUUCUUAGGUCAAAGAAUGUUGAGGAGGACAUGGUGGGACUAUUGCAACUCGGGGUUGAUUGUGCGGGUCAACACCCCGAGAAUAGACCGUUGGUGACAGAGGUUGUGAUCCGGAUUGAACAGAUUUGUGGUUCAAGCUUGACAAAUAGAAAACAUUCCGAAGUUGUCAUUGAAACUGAGUAAUGCUAUCUCCCACCCCAUUCAUUGUCACUGUUGUAUGAGUCACAGGAGCUGGCGACCAACAAGUUGCUCAGUUGACAAGAUUCAAGAAGUUAUUAUUCUUGACAUGAUCAUCCAUUAGAAUUAACAGUCAACCCCCCCUCCAAUUCCAUUUUUUUUUUGUUUCUCUCUCCCUCUAUGUGCAAUGGGUGUGUUUUGUGAUUCUUGACUAUAUCAUUUGCUGUUGGUUUUUUUCGGGGGUGGGGUCCAAUUUUAAAUUUCCUAUAGGGUGGAUAUGGUAUUAUGGUGCCUGUGAUGAUUCUUUUUCAGCAUAGCUUUUACUUUUGCUUUUUAGGUGUGGAUUUGUGUUUGGAUGCGUGGGUGACAAGACUGUGUGACACCCACAUUAUAAUACGUAUGCAGUUCUUUAUUUGAG